AUGAAGUCGAGCCUGGAGCAGCCUGCAGUCCGCUCCAGGUCCGGGAGAAUACCUGAAGCUCGGCACUUCUGCACCCCCAUAACGGAUCAUGGCGAAGCGGCAAGUGGAGAGUCACACGAUGUCUGGUGCAGUGACAAGUCACUCGAUCUUUGCAGGAAAGAUCUAACGUGCCUCAGGUGUGACAUGCCAAGAUAUAUCGAGCAUCUGUAUCUGGAGGGCAACCUGCUUCAGGAGUUGCCAGGCGAAUUGUUUGAUCAUCUGCCACAGCUGGUGUGGUUGGACUUGAGAAAGAAUAGACUGCAGAAGCUACCUGCGAGAAUUGGAACUCACAGAUGUCUUAGAACACUUUUGUUGGAGACAAACCCUCUCAUAGAGUUACCGCUUGAACUAGGCAAUGUAUUAUCCCUUAAAGCACUUAAUCUGAGGAAUUGUCCACUACAGUUUCCACCUUUGGAUAUAGUACAUUUAGGCACCCAAAUUAUUCUUUCAUUUCUCAGACAGCAGGCUGCUCAGUUUGUUUCUGAAAAUCAAAAUCAAGAAAUGGAUCCAAUUCAUCCCAUUAAAAUGGUAAAGCAGCCCCUUAAGAUAAUAACGAUAAAAGAUUCACCGGAGAAUUGCUCUGAAAAGCAGAGUGAAGAAAAGCUGCAAAAAGCAAUAGAACCUCUAAUGACAGUGCAGGGCCGUACAUUUUGUUGCAAGCCACUACCCAAACCUGUGCUCUGCGGCAAAAUGAAUAUGAUCAGAAAUAAUUUUUUACAAAGAGAUGACAGAAAGCAAGACUUUGAAAUAAAAGCAAACAUCAAGGGUCAGAACGGCACUUUACAACAGAGGAGAAAAGUUACGGGAAAAAUGUUUCCAGUCUUACCUAAAUUAGUGGAAGACCAAAAUUAUCCAGAGAAAAUACAAAGGAAGAAGAAAGAAUUGAAGAACCCGAAUAUACAAUGUGAUAAGGAAGAAUUUGAGCAAUUACCAUUGGUGAAUAUUCAACAAAAGAAUGAAGACAAAUUGAAGUCUGAUAUGGAAGAAAAUAUUCAGAAAAACCCUGACGAAGAAAAAGUAAAAGAACCAAAGAUUUCUAGGAGCCAAGAUUUCAAACUGAAACUACAACAUUGUAUCCAACAGCAUCAGCAGCUACGAAAGAAGAGAAAACGAGCAAAAAAAGCAGUUUCACUUGAGGAUGCAAAUGCUGAAGUUGAGAAUUUGAGGAAAGCACUGUCAAGGUUGAAAAUGGAAAGGCAGACUCCCAUGGAGUAUCGACUAUGUGCUUUCAUUGGAGAAUAUCCCUCUUGAUUAUCUC